GUUCGGAGUUGCUAGAGCCAUCCAUCCAUUAGAUUGGUCUGGGCUUUUGGCUUGGGCAUUGGUUGGGUUGGGUUGGAACAAAUCAUGGAAGCUUAAUAGCCUUUUCUCACAUGCCAUGCCUUCCAUUGCAGCCUGAUCAUUCGAAUCUACAAUUAGAACAUAAAAGAUCGCCGUUCCCUUUCCCACCCGCCUAUCGCCACUGUUAACUGUCAACCAUCCAUCACUGUCCAAAGCAUCCCACUUCACCAUCGUGACCUGAGUACCCCACUUGAUCAUCCUCGGGUCUUCCCCGUCAACCGCCCUUUGGCUGUUUGUAUACCGCGUCGCGGGUAACUGCUUGCAUCUCAUUAUUGUUGUCGCUGAAGCUAUAUCUGUCUUCGCCGACAAGAUGGUCACCAAACCUUACGAGAAGAAACGACUCUAUCUCCAGCACCCGGAGCAGGACUAUGGCAUCGUCAGCCAUCGCGUAACUCGAAUAAUUCCUCCUCCUGAACCUUCUCCUCCUCCUCCUCCACCACCUCCGGUCAUUGUCAGACCUCCGCUGCCACCACCCCCACCUCCGCAACCUCAACCACCACCGCCGCCUCCCGUGGUCGAGAAACCACCGCCCCCUCCACCUUGCCCUCCAGUUGAGAAACCCAAGCCGCCGCCUCCUCCGGUUGUGAAGCCCAGACCCCCUUCACCUCCACCAGAGGAGCCUAUCGAGGUCAUUGCGGUCGACGUUGAGCCACACAAGAAGAAGAAGAAGCCCAAGUCUCGAUCCCGAAGCAGGCACAGCCACCACUCAUCAUAUGAUCACGAUCGAGAGCGUGUCAUCGAGCGUGAGAGGAUCGUCCCUGUUCCUGUCCCGGUUCAAGUCGAGCCUCGCUAUGAAACCUUCCGGUACGUUGAGGGAACUCGACGUCGAGAGUAUUCACCUCCAUCACCGCCCAGGCGGAUGAUUGAGGAUGAUAGAGUACGGCUCCGUAUUACGGACCGUGAGCGUGAGUACUACCGAUGAUUAGCGAGUACUUGAAUGACCGAGAAUGGACCGUUCUGUAACGGCCUUAUCUGUAUUACGAUUGAUGAUUUUGGUUCUUCUUAACUGGUGUUUCUCCAGGAGUUGGGGAAAUUUGAGUAUCUUUAGGGCAAACUUUGAUAAAUAUAUCCUAUUAUCCCGAAACUCACUUGUAAUCCUAAGACUAUUAUCCAUCGCAAAACAUCCUCAUUUUAGACUUAUUAUCCUAACACAUCCCAGGACAAAGUACAAUAUUUAUGAAGCAACCCUCAACUGAGCACUUCUCCCCAUGUGCGCUAACUAUUCGCCUCCAGGUCACUUAUCGUGAUCGAUAAAUGCGACUCUGGCGUGCAGGGUAAUUUGCCUGAGCUUGAACCCUUCUACGCCUCGGCUCAUAUGGUGGCGAUGAAUACUCUGCCGGUUGGGCAGCUAGCUGCGUGGUUGGAGGAGCCGCCCAAUAUGCCGGUUCGACUGUUUGUGAUAUGACUGUCGGCUCGCCGUAGAUCCCCUUUCCUGGACGCCCAAAUAACCAUCGAGCCAGGUUUCCUAACUCUCCCAUGAACCAGAGUCCUAGGACAAUGACGAGAACCGUCACUGGUAUAGCAACCACCCAAUACAACCACUGUGAGUAGUUCAUAUCGCGGACAUCAGUCGUGUUCAUGCCAAAUAUACUCGAAACCGCGCUGAUGGGCAAGAAAAUGAUAGUAACAAGGGUGAAGGCAUAGAUGGCGCGCUCCUGUCGGUCUCUUGUGAAGUCCAUCUUAUAUGCAAUCGCCCGUUCGAGGUCUUUAGAAAAAUCGCUGAAGCGUCGAAACUCAAACUCGCGUUGCUCGAUGAGACGUGAGCAUUCGAGGAAGAAGAGACCGCGUAAACCUCCCGCAUCUGUAGGAGACAGUUUUGAAGAUGAAGCCAAAUCGAACAGGAAGUCAUCAUCCAGUCCCAUAUAGUCGUUCGCAGUUGUAACCUCCUGAGCAUAAGAAACAGGGACAAUUCGAUUAUAGUCCUCAUCCUGACGUUGUGAGUGAGGCGGCGGCAAGGUCUCCGAGUAGUGCCGUUUGUUGCUGUACUGCUUCUCUGCCUCUUUUAACACGAUUUCAUGCUCAAUCUGACUCAUGACAAUGUCUUCUGUAUCAAUAGCGGUGAGUGACUUUCGUAGUCGAUAGAUAAGCGACCUUUGCUUCCAGAGUGUUCGCUUGACGGCCACGAGCUCUUGUUGUACUAGAUCGAGCUGAUGUUGAAAGGACCUGUCGGAGGGUUUCGACGUGAUUGCAUGAUCCUAAGCAUGUU